UCCAUAGCAUCCCCUCAGCCCCCUGCACUUGACAGGAGGAGCCGCAGGAGGAGAUGGUUAAAUGAAACAGAUGUUAACCUGGAAAGUAUGUGUUCAGGCCCCACCCUCCCCCCAGAGCUGGCUGUGCUGGGCCCAGGCCGCAGGUGAUGGGGUGCUCUCAGCCCUCUGAGGACUCAAAGAAACCCUCAGCACCCAGCCAUGAGACGAAGAUACCAUCAGGCAAAAAGCUGCAGUGUCCACACCUUCCCCUGUCCCAGUCAUGGAUGCAGGACCGCGAGCAGAGUCUGGCGGCAGCCUACGUACCAGUGGCGGUAGACCCGAAGGGGCAGAGCCUGGACAAGCUCAGGUUCAAGUUCUACACCGCCCAGUACUCCAACUCCCUGAACCCCUUCUACACCCUGCAGAAGCCUACCUGUGGCUAUGUGUACCGCAGGGACACCGACCACACCCGCAAGCGCAUUGAUGUGCCUCCUGCCAACCUGCUCUUGUGGCGCUCCUAGGCCCCUCAGGGUCAGAAGACCCCUCCUGAGCCCUCCCCCCACAAUCCUGGGUCCCUGAGGGGAGGGGCUGCUUGCUCCAGGAGGAGGGGACCAUGCCUGGGCUGAGACAGAUGUUCCGUGCCCAAUGGCAAAGGGAGGGCUCUGUUCUUGGCAGCAAUUAAAGUCUGUCCUUCCUUUCCUUGGCA